CGGCCAUUCAAAACAACAAAACAUUGGAGGGAUUUUGCCGUUGAAGUUGUGUAGUUGUGUUUUAAUUUAGGGCAUAGAGUGAACACAAAUGGAUGAUAUACAGUCAUGGUGGGAAGUGCCCUGUAUAGCUCACUUUUGUUCCUUGUUUAGGGCAGCUUUCAAUCUGCUGGAUUUUGACAUUGAGGAGCUGGAAGAAGCUUUGCUGACUGAUGGCGCAGAAGAUUCUGGAAGCUCAUUACUUCAAGAACUGAUUGUUAGGCUGUUGUGUGGCUGUUUAGGGAACAAUGACAUUUCAACUUUUAACUACCAGAUGUUUUUGAGACGUCUGUUCCGACAAAAGUGUCAGGAAUAUGGAAGAGAGAAUCCCUUCAAUACUGACAUGGACUUUCAGUUCCUACCUUUACGAACAAAGGUUGAAAUAUUGCAUGCUUUGUGUGAUUUCCGAUUGGAUGCUGAUGAUGUCCAGGAUGUACUGAAGAACUUGGAAUCAGAUAGUUUAAGGGUUGAGCCCCUUGGUCAUGAUGAAAACCAUUCAGCAUACUGGUACUUCUAUGGAACGAGAUUGUAUAGGGAAGAUUAUCCUAAAGCUAAAAAAAGAGUAAAAGAAAAGAAACGAAGAUUAAAGGAUGAGAAACGAAAGAAGAAGAGAGGAAAAUCACCAGCUGAUUCAGAAGGAGAGGAACAAAGCAGUAGUGUGUGGCAAGUGGUUUGUUUCACAGAAGAAGACUGGGACAAAGUCACUGAAGGUUUCAGGGACUCUACAUCUAAAGUUGAACGAGCCUUGUACCACACCCUGUCGGAAGACUUUCUGCCUGAAAUACCUCGCCUAUUUUCAGAGAAAGAAAAGUUGCAAAGAAAGCGACUGCUUGAAUAUCAGCCAAGGCGGCAAUCCAGCCGACUAGAGAAGCUAAAACAGCAGAAAGAGGAGGAAGAGCGGUUACAACAAAAAGAGGGUGAGAGACAACGACAAGAAAGGGAACGUAAAGAACGAUUGCUUCAGGGCAUCACAGCGAAAGAAGAACGUGCAAAUAGAGCUCUCAUGCGCUCAAUUUCUCGAACUAAUUCAGAGUGUGGGAGUACUAGUAGUUUGACUGAUUUGGUGCCUGAACCAAGGGGAUUUAUUGGUCGGCAGACAAAUAACUCCCUUUCUUCUGCAACAGGACAAAUAGUUAUUCAAGGGCUGCGACGUAAGCUUCGUGGUUCUCAGGUUUUCAGACAAAGUGAAGAAGAUUUGCAAACAGGGAUGUACAAAAUAUUAGAACAUGUUAAAGCACACGAGGAUGCAUGGCCUUUUCUCGAUGCAGUGGACGAAAAAUAUGCACCGCGAUAUUAUUCUAUUAUUACAAGACCCAUGGAUCUUCAAAAAAUGGAAGAGAAGCUUGAUGAUGGAGAGUAUCUCUCCUUUGCUGAAUUUAAGGCUGACUUUCAACUGAUUGUGGACAAUUGUCGACAGUACAAUGGUACUGACAAUGAAUAUACUGAAAUGGUGGGGAAUCUUCAAGAAGCAUUUCAAAUGGCAGCUGAACGUUACUUGGAAUCUGAUCCAUCAUCUGAUGAAGACGCAUCAGUUGAGCUACCAAAAAGGCAAAGCCACAGUAGUACAUCUGGGCAUGGUAAUGUGCAAGGCAGUAAGAAGAAAGGAAAGACUGAUAAAAACCAGGAAUUGGAGGACAAGAUGGAGAGUGAUGAAAGGUCACUAACACCGUCAAGUAUUUUAUCUGAAGCUUCAGGUGAAAGUGAAAAGGAGCCGGAGGUGUGUAGUAAUAGAUUUGAAAACACAGAGUCAGUACAUGAAGAUGGCUCUGAAAGUGCCAGCUUAAAAAAUGAGAGUGAGAGUGAGAAUCAGUAUCCGAGGAGCACAAAUGGAAACAAAAGAAAUAAGAAGACAGGUGUAAUUAAGAAUGCAGCAGCUAUUGAAGCGUUGGAACUAGCAACAGAGCAGACACUCAAGGAUAUUAACAAGUGGCUGGAUGACACACCACGAUUCUCUGAAUUUUCAUCUGCAAGUAAUUCCCCAUCAUAUUUCAUGAACACUGGAACAGAAGAAUAUGAUGGGUCAACUCGUGUGGAUGAACAUAAAAAUGGUUCUAAAUCACAUGAGAAAGCUUUCCGUAAGGAGCAAAAGGAUGCAUCAAAAAAGCGUUUGAACAAGGAUCCUGCCAAACAACAACGUAAACGAGAGGUCCAAAGAACAAUUGAUCGCUUACAGCCAGGCAAGAGUAAAGGAAAUCUGCUAUCCAACAUUCAGAGUACAAGUAAAGUAGCAGAAGAUGGGAGUAUUGCUGGAAAACCUAAAGAUGGAAAAGCAUUACAACCUGUGAAGUCUGAAGAAACUAUGCCAAAACUUAGUCUGGGGUCUGUCUUAAGAAAUGAUGUUUUAGCCUUCGGUGUUGGCAGUGGGCAUAAUUUUUCCACAAAAGAGGAGGCUGAAGACACCAAAUUUGAUCUCUCAGAAGACGAAUUGUCGAAGGUUCCUGUAGAUGUUAAAGUGCCUGUCUCUCCAGAAUCUCACAAAUCCGUGUGUUCAAAUUUGUCUGCAAAGAAAGAAACUGAAGAGUCUGUAGAAAGCACUAAAAAUAUAGUACAACAAACAAAACAAGAAAAGGCUACACCAAAUCUUAGUGCGUGGUUCAAAGCAUUUGGCGCUCCGAGAACACUGACAGUGCAGAAAAAAAAGUCAGACUCUUGCUCUCAAGAAAAUGAAUCUCUUCCUACAGGUGAAAGAACUGAUUCUCAAAAUGUUCCUUUUACAGAUAAAUCACAUACGUUUGAGCGAGAGUCUGUCCCUUCAAAGUAUUCUAGCAUUGCGAUGGGUGAUCUCUAUAGUGGAAGAAUGCCAGAAGAAUCUGAGAAAAGAUCAUUACGCUCCCCACAGCAAAGAAGUGGGCAAGAAGAAGCUACAACUUCACCGUUACAGAACAUUUCUCGUCAAAGGAGAAUAAGCACGGGUAGCAGCAUGUCUGAACGUUCUUCAUUUAGCCAGGAUCCAAUGGACCCACUAGACGGUUCCUCCCCUCGUGUGGAAAAUUAUUCCACCCAUUAUCCUUCCCCCCUUCAUCGUUCUCCAGUGGCUGCAUCACCCCUGAUGGCAUCUCCUCGUCCAGAAGAUAACCUGAAGCUGCCUCCAUAUCAGCCUAUCAAUGGAACUAUACGGGCUGGUUUUUAUCAAGAUACAUCUUCACUUCAGAAAGGAAGUCCAGACAAAAACAGCAGCAAUGGUAGCCCAAGGGACCAGAUGCAUUCAUCUGCAUUUCCUUUAUAUAGUCCACGAAUGUAUCCACCAGCUAAUGAUGCAAUAGGCUACUCUACAUACCAGGGAAGAUCACCAGAAUCUCCAGCAGCUUUGCUGGGACCAAAGUCCCUGUACAGCAGUGUUCCGGUAUAUAGUGCAAGUCCCAUGAUGCAGUAUUAUGACACAAGUAAGCCACUGACUGAUCAGUAUAGGGCUGCAAGAACACAAGCAGCAGAAGAAGAUGUACCCUCAUCAGUUAAUACCAGUAAUGUCACAACAUUUUCAACUAGCCAUCAGCAAAGCACAGGAACAUCAACUUCAGCAUCUAGUAUAAUGACUAAGUCACUCAUGAAACCAUCAUCCAUUUUCCCUGUAAAAAAACGUUUGUACAGUGAAGUGGAGCCAUCUUCAGUUGGCAGAUUGCCUCCACCAGCACAUGCUUCUGAUCGAGCUCCUUUGGAAGGAUUUGUUGCAGAUCAAGCCCGUGAUUCUGUGCCUUUGGAUUGUGCGCGGCAUUCCCCUGAGAGAGCACACCAAAUGUCUCUGCCUAAUAUUGUUUCAGGGAAUGAAAGAUUCCAUAGUAAUGUGGAAAACCUUCAUGCCCCAAUGCCGGUGAAUGAUAAAUCUCUGGCAUUAGUCACAAAUUCAGAUGUUAUCUCUGAAAGCUCACGUUUGAAAGAAGAGUUUCUCAAUCAACCAAAUGUUAUGACUGGCCGUGCAUCACCUCAAGUGCCAAGACCACUCUCUUCACCGUGUUCAAAAAAUACAUUAUCUGAUGAUGAUGUUCAAGUAAUAGGUGUUUUAAAGAAGUCUCAUGCCUCAUCUCCAAACCUUUUACUUUCUUCUGCUUCUUCACUGUCGCCAAAACAGAGUCAUUUAGCAGCUAACAGUAAGUCUCUACCAGACUGUGUGCCAAACGUUAGUAACAAGACCUUUAUGACUAAUCACUUAGAGCAUGAUGGACCGCUUAAGGAAAAUACUAUGUCCAAAAAGAAUGCGGAGGCUCCAGAAUCUUGCAUUGUGUUGCAUUCACAUAAAGAUGUAAAUGUCACAGUGCCACAUAAACAAAUGCGACAGGUGUCACCACCAAUGCCGCAACCGAGUCCAUCCGCUCUUAGUGUUGCUCCACCAGCACACAGUGGAGAUUUCUCCUUUCAUCGAGCACCUUUCUCACCUCUUCCUCAGUCGCCAGUAGGAGUAGAUGCAUCAGCACCUUUAAGAGGUAGUGUAACUAACCUCUCGCACAUUGUUGAAAGGUUUCCAACUGAUGGAAGAGGUAUUUCUGCAAUUCAGGGAACUAGCUCUCAAUAUUACAUAGAAAAAACUGUUAAAAACCAACUUAUGUUUAGUCAGAACAUUUCGUCUUCUAUACACGUUCCAUCAACUUCAGCUACAAAUGUACCCGUGUUCUCUCAAGUCCCUUCCACUAUUGCAACAUUGCCUUAUAGUAGAAACAGCCCUACCGCUCCUUCUCUAAGUUACACCCAGUCACAGUUGUCACCACCUUUAAAAACCACAAAUAACCAAGGAACCUACAGCAGAUCAGAAGAAUCUUCCUUAUUAUCUGUGAAAAACAGUGUAGCCACAUCUGGGCAGACAACAUUUACUCAUUCUGUUUCAGAUUUGUCAUCAGCACUGGCUAAAAGCUCUUCUACCUCGCCAAAUAUACAGGCCUCUUUAAAUAAACCAGUUGCAGAUCUUUCACCAGUGUUGACAAGCAAAGACUCCCAACCCAUAGAUCUCCAAGUACCAUUUGCUCACCAAGCUA